UUUCACUUGCAGAUUUUCUGGAAAGGUGGAAAGUCGUCUUUUUGCUCGUAAUAGUGUCAUCCACGCCUUAUCCCUCGGUGAAGUAUUCAGUUUUUUGUAUUCCUCUAAAUCCAUCGGACAGUUCUUAUUGGUAGGUGCAAAUGUUACAUCACGAUGAUUAUGACGCGCCGUCUUCCUGUUUCCUUCAACUGUGUCUUAAAGUGAAUCUUGUUGGUGGGGGAGAGCCUCAGCCUCAGCUGUGCCCAGCUCGCCUCGGAGAUAAAUACAAUUUCAAUCCACAAAGGAGAGCGGCGCAAAAGAGCUCUUUCCUCUCUCACGCUCAUCACUCCUGCCUGCCCUGAGAAAUUACAAUAUUCAUCACCAGGCGAACAGCCCUCUGUAUUCUCCCUUUCACCAGCAAAGAAGCUCAAUUUCCUCUCAUUUGCGGAGGUCCCAGCAUUCUCGAGCUGUGUCCAGCUGACAGGCUUUUGAAGAUGGCACAGUAACAGUCCAGUGAUGCCUGACCAUGAGAGCACAGCCCUCUUAAGCAGACAAACCAAGAGAAGAAGAGUUGACAUUGGAGUGAAAAGGACCGUAGGGACAGCGUCCUUGGAUUUCGCGCGAGCAAAAGCUAGCAUAUUCAGUGCCAUGAAUCCCCAUGGAUCCGACCAGGAUGUGGAGUGCUCGGUGGUGCAGCACGCAGACGGGGAGAAGUCGAACGUGCUCCGCAAGCUGCUGAAGAGGGCCAACUCGUACGAAGACGCCAUGAUGCCCUUCCCGGGAGCCACCAUCAUCUCCCAGCUGCUGAAAAACAACAUGACCAAAAACGGUGGCGCCGAGCCCAGCUUCCCGGGCAGCGGGCUCUCCAGUGCGGGCUCGGAGAUCCACCAGGAGGACGCCUGCAGCAACUCGUCGCGGGAGAGCCCCCAGGAGUGCCUCUCGCCCUUCGGCAGGCCCACCCUGGGCCAGUUCGACAUGGAGCGGCUGAGCGACGAGCACCUGCGGGCCAAGCGCGCCCGCGUGGAGAACAUCAUCCGCGGCAUGAGCCACUCGCCCAGCGUGGCCACACGGGCGGGCGACCACGAGCGCGAGGGCGCACCGCAGCCGCCCAGCCCCCGCGAGAGCUACCGCGAGAACAAGCGCAAGCAGAAGCUGCCCCAGCAGCAGCAGCAGAGCUUCCAGCAGCUGGUGUCGGCCCGCAAGGAGCAGAAGCACGAGGAGCGGCGGCAGCUGAAGCUGCAGCUGGAGGACAUGCAGAAGCAGCUGCGGCAGCUGCAGGAGAAGUUCUACCAGAUCUACGACAGCACCGACUCGGAGAACGACGAGGAUGGCAACCUGUCAGAGGACAGCCUGCGCUCGGACGGCGCCGACCGCCACGCGCCGGACUCCGCCGUUGACCGCUCCGACAACGAGAUGUCCGACCUGGACCCCGGGAACUUCCUGGACCGGGCACGCGCCCUGCUCCGGGAGCAGGCCAUGAUGGCGGAGGGGGAUAAGCCCAAGCGGGACGGCCCCCGGGGGAAGGGCCAGGGGCUGCCCUCCAUGAACGCGGAGGGGAAGCAGCUGGCCGAGACACUGAAGCAGGAGCUGAACACGGCCAUGUCGCAGGUGGUGGACACCGUGGUGAAGGUCUUCUCCAAGCCGCCGCGCCCAGUCCCUCAGGUCUUCCCGCCCCUCCCGAUGCCCCCAGACCGCUUCGCCGUGAACGGGGAGAACCCCAACUUCCACACGGCCAACCAGCGGCUGCAGUGCUUCGGCGACGUGAUCAUUCCCAACCCGAUGGACACCUUCGGCAGCAUGCAGGUCCCCAGUGCCAACGACCAGACGGAAGCUCUGCCCUUGGUGGUCCGUAAGAACUCCUCAGAUCACCAGUCCUCCUCCGUGCCCACGCACGCGGGCCACCACCACCCUUCCCUGCACCCCUCCCAGCUGUCUGCCACGGUGGGGUUCAGCCCUCCCUCUUUCCGGCACCCAUUCCCGAUUCCCCUCAUGGGCUACCCCUUUCAGAGCCCUCUGGGUACGCCCUCGGGCGCCUACCCGGGCAAAGACAGGUCCUCCCCCGAGUCCCUGGACCUGUCCAGGGAGACCACCAGCCUUCGGACCAAGAUGUCGUCCAAUCACCUGAACCACCACCGGUCCUGCUCCCCUUCGCACCCGGGCAGCACCGCUGAGGGCCUGUCCUUGUCCCUAAUCAAAUCCGAGUGCGGGGACCUGCAGGACAUGUCUGAGAUCUCGCCGUAUUCAGGAAGUACAAUUCAGGAAGGACUUUCGCCCAAUCAUUUAAAGAAGGCCAAGCUGAUGUUCUUCUACGCAAGAUACCCCAGUUCCAACAUGCUGAAAAUGUUCUUCUCUGAUGUGAAGUUCAACAGGUGCAUCACCUCCCAGCUCAUCAAGUGGUUCAGCAACUUCCGCGAGUUCUACUACAUCCAGAUGGAGAAGUUCGCCCGGCAGGCCAUCAACGACGGCGUGACGGGCGCUGAUGAGAUGAACGUGAGCCGGGACUGCGAGCUGUACCGCGCCCUCAACAUGCACUACAACAAGGCCAAUGACUUUGAGGUUCCGGACCGAUUCCUGGAGGUGGCUCAGAUCACGUUACGGGAGUUUUUCAAUGCCAUUGUCGCCGGCAAAGAUGUUGAUCCUUCCUGGAAGAAGGCCAUUUACAAGGUCAUCUGCAAGCUGGACAGUGAGGUCCCUGAGAUUUUCAAAUCGCCCAACUGUCUGCAAGAGCUCCUUCACGAGUAAACAUUUCCAUUACCACUCUGUUUUUGUUUUUUUUUUGUGUUUUCUUUUUUUUUCCUUUGAAUGUAUGAAGUAGCAUUCCCAUUUUGAAGCCCCAGCUUUUCUGGAAUGACCUAGCCGUUCCUUCUUUUAUGUUUUUCUUUUUCUCUCUCUCUUUUUUCCUUCCUCUGAAAAGACAUUGAACCCGUUGGGUGUUUUGACUGUGUGAAUCCCCCCUUCCUCCCUGCCCCUCAGUAAAGGGGAUUAUCACUUUUCUGAAGCCUGGUUGGCUAUUUGUACUGUUAACCUGACAUUUUUUUCAUCUGGUCAAAAAGACGGCCCUGUUUCACCAACAGACAUUUGAAGUGUGUGAAGGUUUUUUUUUCCUGCAGGAAUAGGGCAUUACAUUUAUAGGUUGUAUAGAUUUAAUUAUUAUUAUUUAUUAUCAUUCGUGUAAUUAUUGCUUGCUAUUGACACGUGAUAAUUUUGGUUUCAUGACAGCUCUACGUGGAAUAAAUUAUUAUUGACAAAAAUAGAGGGGUAGAAUCUGUCCACACAAUAUAUUUGACAUGGACUCUGCUGUUUGGGGACUGUGGCAACUGUGUCUAAAUGUUGCUUUUUCCUUUUUUUGGCACUCAUCCAAGUCCUGUGUUUUCUGUCCACUCUGAUAGCGCAGACACCAGGGAGAGACAGGCCUGCUCCUCAGCUUUUUCCUUGACAGAGCAACCUUUCCUGUAGCUAAGCAACAUGGCCAUAUCAUACUGAGGCUGGCCAGUUUUGCACACAAAAAAAAAAAAAAAAAAUGGAAGCUUUCCCACUGAAUGACCCCUCUCGCUCAAAAGCACACGGUCACACUCACAUGGUCACACAAGCGCACGCGUGCACACAUGCACGCGCGCACACACACAC